GCGAUUGCAACUCGCACGAGUUAACACCCGGAGGCCAUAUCAAUUGCUAUAGCUUGAUACACCAACAUUGAAAAUGUUCCUUUCUCAUUACCAACAUAUCAUGGCUUCUGUGGUGAUCCUAUGUUUUGCAUCCGUUCUACUUUUCAUACAAGCAAAACCCUGCAAUGAUAACCAGAACUGCAAUAGCUGUGACGACACUGGUUUCUGCACAUCAAAGUGUCACCCUCGGUAUUUCGACAAGAGAUGCAAAUCUAAGUGCAACAGUGGCUGCAGAAAUAGAUUGUGUGAACUACACACAGACGGUGGCAUCGAGGUAUGCACCAAUGGCUGUAUUUCAGGAUUCCAAGGUCCAAGGUGCAACAUACCAUGUGAUGAGAAUUGGAGACAGUGUACAGAAUGCAAAGGAGGGUGUGUCGGCAAGUACUGCCAGCUGAAUUCAUCCUGUGUUUCUGGAUGCGUCGACUCCUACUAUGGCCUUGACUGCAAGAACUGUUCUGAACAAUGUAAAUCGUGCAAUAGAAUCACUGGAAUAUGUGACCAGUGUCAUUCGCCAUACACUGGUCCCAACUGUGAGAUAUCAUGUGAGAAUUGUAAAGGAACAUGCAAGGCCGGAUGCGAAGAAGGCUGUAAUCGCGGAUUUUAUGGUCACUGGUGUGAAAAGGUGUGCAGUGAAAAUUGCCUCGCUGGCCCUGGCGCAUGUGACAUAAAGGCUUCAAACAAUUGUAUUCCCGAAUGUGGCAACAUGACAGGAUUCUGUAUUCAUAGCUGUAAUGGCGGGUGGUAUGGAGCCAACUGCUCAACUCAAUGUAACCCAAGGUGUGUAAAUAUGUCCUGCACUGGUACAGGGGCGUGUGUAGCUGGCUGUGCACCAGGAUAUGCUGGUUCAGACUGUUCAUGCUUUGAAAACUGCAACGAGCACAUUUGUUUCUCUGAGAACGGAACCUGUGAGAAAGGGUGUGAUAAUGGCUAUUACGGUGCAUUUUGUAACACCAGCUGUGAGGUUUGCAUUAAUGGGAUUUGUGAGCAGGAGUCUGGAACCUGCACCAAAGGAUGCAACAUUACUGAUCAAAGAUGCAAGUCUACCUGUUCAGGUGACUGUCCCAUAGAUACCUGCGUCAAGGAAAUUACAUGUGAGCCUUCCUCUCAGAGCCUUCCACUGAUCAUUAUCGGAACAUCAUCAGCGUGUUGCCUGGUUGGCAUCAUGGUAGCUGUAUGCAUUGGAUGCUACGAACGCACCAAAAGGCAAAAAACAGAUGACAAAGAAGAGGAAUAUCCAGCGGGACAACCGGAAGCACACCAGUACGAGCUGAUAGAUAUUGAUCCUGAUAAGAACGAAACAGGCCCUGUGAUAGUUUUCCUUUAGUGUAGGAUCACGCUCCAUUAUCUCCAACCACACCACUCAGCACAACAUAACACAACACAACACAACACAACAA